UCGUUACAAAAAUAUCACUCUAUUUAUGCAAUUGGACCAAUUUUCUCCCCUGGAUUCACCAACACCUUCGUGUCAACUAGCCUAUGGUCCGAAUCCAAUUGCACCGAUUGGCUAGACGCCAAGCCACAUGGCUCGGUCUUAUACGUCUCGUUCGGGAGCUAUGCUCAUACUAAUAAAGAAACUAUAGUGGAAAUUGCACGUGGUCUGAUGGUCAGUGAAGUGAAUUUUAUUUGGGUACUUCGUCCUGAUAUUGUUAGCUCGGAAGAGAGUGAUUAUUUACCGAUUGGUUACGAAGAUAAUAUUAAGGAUCGAGGAUUAAUCGUGCCAUGGUGCUGCCAAACGGCUGUAAUUUCACACCCGGCGGUUGGUGGCUUCCUGACUCAUUGUGGAUGGAAUUCGAUUAUGGAAAGCAUAUGGUGCUCUGUUCCGUUUAUUUGUUUUCCCUUGCUGACCGAUCAAUUUACUAAUCGAAAAUUAGUAGUCGAUGAUUGGAAAAUCGGGAUUAGUCUUCGUGAUGAGGGUUCGAUUUCGAGGGAUGAAGUGGCAGAGAAAGUGAAAUUUCUGAUGAAAGGCAAAGAAGCAGAGGAAAUGAAGCAACGGAUUAAGAAAAUUAAGAAGGAAUUAGAGGAUGGAUUAGCAAUAAAUGGAUCAUCUCAAGUGAAUUUUACAAAGUUUAUGGGUGAUUUAGAGUCCAUAUUGCAAUUAAACCAUAUUGCAAAAUGAUUAUGCUGUAGCCCCUUGAAAUUAAAAUAAGAGUUUACGAUAAGGAAUGGUAUAGUUCAUCUUUUUUUCUUUUAAUACCACUA